AUGAAAUUGAAUGAUUAUAGCCUGAUGGCGAGUGGAGGCAAGGUUGGGUACAAGCAGAAUACGGGGAGAAAGGUUAGAUCAAAACUCAAGGGUUCAGAUGAAUCAGACGAGGACUAUAAGGUGGAUGAAGAUGAAGACUUUGAAGAGUCAGAUGAAUACUGUUCUUCCUUUGAUGGAGGUGAAUCGGAAGAGGAAUUUGAGGCCAAGGAGAUGGAGGAGGAGCAAGAGGAUGAAAAGAAAGUGAAGAAGUUAGGACAACCAGAAGGUCAAAAGGGUGCUUCGGGUAGGAAGAUAAAAGAGAUGAAGAAGCCACUGAAGGAAAGGAAGGUUUCAUACAAGGAAGAAGAUUAUGAGGAUGAUUGUGAUGAUGAUGAUGAUGACAAUGAUGAAGAAUUUACACUGGAUGAGAUUGAUCGAGAAGAUGAAGAUGAAGUGCCUGCAACAAAGAUGAAUAAGAAGGUGGGCAGGCCUCGAUUGGGGGAAAAGGGUUUUGUUAAAAUGAGGAAUCGGAAGAGGAAUUUUAAGGUUCUGAAGAAAGAUAUGAAAAAGAAACCAAGACUGAAUCUUAGGUUGAGGGGGAAAGGGAGUUCUACUGAUGAGGAAUUUAUAGACAAUAACCCGGUUGUGGAAGAGAAGUGUGAGGAGAUUUCUGGUCAUCGGAGAAGGGUAUUGGUGGCUAAUUCUGAUUCAGAUUUGGUGAGUUCUGAAUCAUCGGAUUCUGAUUACACUAUCUCUGAGGAAGAGAGAGAACAUAUAAGAGAGGCCAGUAAAUUCUCCAGCAGUUUGGCAACUAAUUUAAGGGGUUCGACUUUUUCGAAGAGAUCAGAAGAAGAAUCUUUUUGUCAGCAAAAAAAACGAAUAGGGAGAAAGGGUAAGGAGAAAGUAGAUGAUGAUAGUGACGAUGAUGAAGAAUUUACGCUGGAUGAGAAUGAGAUUGAUUGUGAUGAUGAAGAUGAAGAUGAAGUCCCUGUGACAAAGAAGAAUAAGUUGGGCAGGUCUCGUUUGGGGGGAAAGGGUUUUGUUAAAGGGAGGAAGCGGAAGAGGAAUUUUAAUGUUCUGAAGAAGGCUGUGAAAAAGAAACCAAGAAAUAAUCUUCGGUUGAGGAGGAAAGCAUGUUCUAAUGAAGAGGAGUUUAUAGACCACAACCCGGUUGUGGAAGACAAGCCUGAGAAGAUUUCUGGUCGUCGGAGAAGGGGAGUGGUGGCUGAUUCUGAUUCAGAUUUUGUGUGCUCUGAAUCUUUUGAUUAUGAUUACACUAUCUCUGAGGAAGAGAGAGAACAGAUAAGAGAGGCCAGUGAAUUUUGCAGCAGUUUGACCACCAGUUUGAGGAAUUCAACUUUGUCAAAGAAACUGGAAGAAGAAGAAUCUUCUUUUCAGUUAAUAAAAUGUCCUGGGAGAAAGGGUAAGGAGAAAGUAGAUGAUUCAAAGAAUGAAGUAGGAAAACAAGUUUGUGGAAUCUGUUUGUCGGACGAGGGAAAGAAAAUAGUGCGAGGAGUAUUGAAUUGUUGCGGUCAUUAUUUCUGUUUUGCUUGCAUCAUGGAAUGGUCGAAGGUGGAAUCUCGUUGCCCUCUGUGCAAGCAGAGGUUCGUGACAAUUAGUAAGCCCGCAAAAUCAAACACAGGGCUUGAUAUGAGGACAGUGGUGAUACAGGUCCCUGAGCGUGAUCAGAUUUAUCAACCAUCUCAAGAAGAGCUUAGGGGCUAUCUUGAUCCAUAUGAAAAUGUUAUCUGUACUGAAUGCCAGCAAGGUGGGAAUGAUGCUCUCAUGUUACUUUGUGAUCUCUGCGAUUCACCUGCACAUACCUAUUGUGUUGGUCUUGGACGUGAAGUACCGGAAGGUAAUUGGUAUUGUGAUGCCUGUAGACCGACUGCUCUUGGUUCCACCUCAAAUCCACUAGGUCUAUAUCCUAUGCCAGAUCAAAAAACAAGUACCAACUAUUCUGGUAGAUCAUCUCCUGCGGACAAUGUUAGGGUAGCGUUAGAUCUCAAUGAGAUGUAUGUGCCUGAUAUACCAUUGACUCAAGAAACUGGGUCUUCUCCAUCUCCUAGACUUUCUGUUGGAGAUUUUCAAGCUGCUUCUUCAGCAUCUGGAUCAGGGGCAUUUACUGUGUCAGAAAGGCGCAGGAUACAGCGCCUUAUACAGAAUCUUCUUCACAACAGAAUGAGGCAACUUGAUGGCCAAAGCAAUGGGAUAUCAGCCACAAAUUUGGGAAGUAGUCUUUUUGGCACUCAAAUUGGUCAGGUUAGGGAAUUUGUUCCUCAACAAACAGUAACACCGGAAAGGCUAGCAUCGCGUUAUAACUUUUCUGAGGAAAGUUUUCAGGAUAAUUCCACAUCUUUAGUGCACAAUAGGGAAGCUUUUCCUGCAAGAUCAAUCCAUUCAAGGGAGCAAGCAAUUCAGAAUUCAGCUUAUACAUCUGUUGCUGGAGUUUUACCUGCUGAACUUGCUGGCAUCCAUGCCAGUGUCAAUUCAAGAUUGGGUUAUCAGCAAUCCCAUCCAUGCAGCAGUAGAUCAACCAUUGGGACUGAUGCUACCAUGUCUCCUUGUGCAUUCAGAGAGACUACAAAGUCUUUAAGGACAUCGCAAGGAGCUCCACACACACCAUUUUAGCUGCAUGUGGGAUUGAGCAUCGGACGAGCGAGGUCUGCCCUGUGCAGUCACCAUCAACUUGUAACCACAUUGAAAUAAUGGGAGGUGUGCAGAUGGGUCUGAUGAAAGGAUACUGCUCAUCUUGUUUCGAUCAAUUUGUGAGGAACGUAGUGAAAGCGAUCACGAGCAUUAAGAACCCGUCAACAAAUAGAGGUUAGGGAUUGAUGCGUCGGAAUGAUUGAUCAUUUUUUCAGUUUAGUAACACUAUGUCGCAUACUUGAUUUUUGAUAGGAAUUGAGACAGAAUAUUUGGUCAAAUUGUUUACAUGGACAAGCCAUUUCUCAGCAUUGAUCUAUUUCUAAGUCGUUUAUAUUUAUGUCG